CAGAAUGUGGACCAUAAGAUGAAGUUCCGCUCUAAAAAGGGUGCACUGCCGUUCGUCGAGUUGAACGGCGAAGAAAUCGCGGACAGCACAAUAAUCCUUCGUGAAUUGAGCGCGAAAUUCGGCAAGGAUUUGGAUGCUGCUCUUACGUCCGAGCAACGAAGCGUUUCUCACGCAAUGAUAUCGAUGAUCGAGAACCAUCUGGUCUGGGUGGUCAUGUGCUGGCGUAUCAAGAAUCUCGAUCAGGUUUUAAAGGGUUACAAGGUGAACCUCCAGCACGCGCUCGGCACUCGCAUCCCUAAUGGUAUUCUCAACUUCUUCUUCAAGCUUACAUUCGGACGUAAGUACAACGAGUACUUGUUCCAGGGUGCAAAGAAAGUGAAGGCGCAAGGCAUGGGUGUACAUACUCCAGAAGAGGUGUCCCAAUUCGGUUGCGCCGAUCUCAAAGUUCUUUCUGACAUACUCGCCGACAAGCCCUUCUUCUUCGGAGACGAACCGACUACGUUGGAUGUGGUCGCAUUCGCUCACCUCGCCCAAAUCCUCUAUAUCGACAAAGACACGCCGUAUAGUCUGCGAGACUACAUGCAGGAGAAUUGUCCAAAUUUGGUUGGUCAUUGCUCGCGCAUGAAGGAGCGAUGCUUCCCGGAUUGGGAUGAGAUCUGCUCCACCCUUGACAUGAAUACGCAUCUACCGAAGCCAGAGAAGCAAGACGAGAAAGAGGGCAAAGAAGACGUGAAAGAGUCGAAGGAAUCGAAGGAGGAGAAGGAGGGUGACAAGGAAAAGGCGGACAAGGAGGAAAAAGAGCUAGAGAAGGACAAGGAGGUUGACGAGAACAAAGAAAAGGAGAAGGAAGGGAAAUAAGCUGUCUCGAAUGAACAUGCAAGCAAAUAAAAGUCGUUCGAAAAAAGGGAAAAAAGGGGAAAAGAGAAGAUUUAAAAUUGAAGAAAAUUGAGGGUGUGAUCUGGUGAGAUAUAGAUGGGGGAGAGGUUUGAAAAAGGAGAGAGAGAGAAAAUGCGUGUGUGUAUGUGUGUGUAAAUGCAAUUUUAUGUGGAAUGCUCGACAGAAAAAGAAUGGAAAAAAAGGAAAAGAGAGAAAGAGAGAGAAUGUGUUGAAAGAAAGAGAGAGAAAGAAUGAAUGCAAAGACACGAAUGAUAAAAAGAAUGAUAAAGAGAUUAGAGUGAAAGUUUGAGCGAAUGAAAUUUCAUGAGUGCAAGUAAAAAAGGGGUAAGGGAGUUUCAGGUUAGAGCUCUCUACUUAUACACAUAGAUAUUAAUAGGCUCAUAAUGUUAAAUACUUCGUUUAUAUACGUUCGUAACACGUUAUGCCAUUUCUCAUCGACACCCCAGCACACCCAGAAUCGAACAAACUUUAUUCGACCCAGGGCCCUUUUCCCCCUACGAAAGGUAAUAUAAUGAAAAAUGGAUUAAAAAAAGAAAAAAAAAAAAAAAAAGGAAGAGAGGAGAAAUUAAUAACAGAAUGGGGCUAUCUCAUAAGUCAUUAGAAUAUCGUAGGUUUUGCAAUAUAUCAAAUGCAAUAGCCUGAUACAUUCAGGUGUGUGAGAGAUCUUCAAUGAACAGUGGCCAAAAUGAAAUGCAUCGUAUCCGUCGUGUAGAUUAGACAUGAUGCGUAAUUGUAUACGAUGCGCGGUUUAAUGCGAAGGAGCAAGAUCAUUUAUAGUUGCGAUACACGACGAUAGAUAGCGCCCCUGAUACUGAUUCAGGGAGAAGGCGUCUUGCGGUCGCUUCUUACACCAUUGGCUCUUACUGUGCAAAAUGAGUUAUGUACCUAGCGUUCCAGCAACGUACCGUAUAUCACAUUAUGAUCUUCGUUUGAUCGUGCUCUUCAGUUAUAUAUACGUAUGUAUAUUUUCGCAUUUUUUAUCUUUUUUUUUUUUUUUUAAUCAUUCUCCUGACACAACAGACUCCAUUCAAAUGAUCACCAUUCAAAACAUAUAUCAUAGAUUCAUUUUUGAUACAUUCAAAUGUCCAAAUGAUCUCUGAAGAAUCGUUCUUCUUACAAUUAUCCAGAGAUCGAUCGUUAGAUCGCAUCGGACAAAAGGAUGGAGACUGUUUUUAAUAUUGAGACUUGAAUUUUCAUCGUUUCUUAUUUUUUUAUAUGGCUCAAGUAAAUUCUUCACGUUUGCUCGUAUGUCGAGUUGCGGCAUUUUUUACGAUUUAUUGACGUGUCUCCGACGAACGAAGAAUCAUCUGCGAGUACGGAUCGACGAUAAAUGAUAUUUACGGUGAUUUGUAUAUUAUUAGAGAUAUUUAUAUUGCACGCGGAUGCAAUCCAAGUGACGGCGGAAACGGCGCUGUCACCGCGUUCUGAACUCGUUCAGGCGUUUUGUUUCUUCUUUUUCUUUCGUCGAGACAAAAAUGAAAAAGGGAAAAAUACUAGCGAAAAAAAGAGGAAACUAGGAAAGAGGCAUUAGGCAAACGUCGAUCUCCUCUAUCUGGGUUUCCUUUCGAUAUUCAGAAACAAAACGAAAAUAAGAAAAAGAAAAUGAAUGAAACGUUGUGCUGCCCCCCCCCCCCCGUGUGUUAGUUCAACUUUAUUAGAUGACAUUUUUGUUCGGAUGUGUGAGAAAAAUUUUACAUAACAAAGUAAAAGAAGAAGAAAAAGAAAAAAAAAAAGAAAUACAAAAAAGUGUCUUUCACGCAUCGAAAUGGAAAAGAAACCAACAUACACAUACAGAACACAUUACAUACCCACGCGUACACACACGUACAGACAUUUUGAUGUAUAAUGUUAUAUCGAACGGGAAUUGAAUGUUUUUUUUGUACAAGGCUCGCUUUUUUAAUAAAGCGUCGGUCAGAAAAAAUAAUUCCACGAAGACACAAGGUUAAUAUAAUUAAUAUUUAAGUAGCUUACUAUAAUAAAACGACGAUUACGAUUACAUAAAGGACAAACGGAAAAAAAACAA